AUGAAACUCUCCAAGAAGUCUAGACAGUCCCAUCUCGCUGGAAUUGCUCUAUAUGAGCAAAAGCACAGGGACAAUGCACUCACCAACAACCAGCAAACCACCACCACCACCACCACCACCACCGCCAGUGCUGCGGCAGCGGCAGCGGCAGUAGCAGCAGUAGUUCAGAUCUCAUCACCAAACAAGAUUUCUGGAACCCCCAACCUGAGCAAAACCUCCCCAAAGAAAAAAAUUGGCAUUAAUCAGCCAGAUACUGGGCAUCAUAAUGUUUCCAACACCUCUCAAAUAUCCAAACCUUUCACGUCGGGUAGAUCUUUCGAAACCCCUGUCAAAAACCACCAUCACCUUCAUCAUCAUCGUUUGUUGCCACAAUUAGUGAAAGACAAUAAAAAUCUCAGUUUCCAAAGCAUUGAUAUCCAUCACUUGCACGAUCCUAUUAAUAUGGACUCGCGCACCUCAACUCCAGUAGUCAAACCGCUCAAUACCACUACUCGGCUGCCAUCUUUGACCACAGUCGAUGAUGAUGAUGCCUAUCCUGUUACAUUCCUGUCAUCGCCAAGUAAGAAACUUCUCCCAAACCCUGAGAUAUCCAGAAAAAAUUCCCCUAACAAGUCGUUGGUGCUGCAGAAAAGUUCCAGCCAUCUGUAUCGUGCUCUUUUAUCUUCAUCAAGCCCAACCAAUAAACAACAUCAUUGCGACGACACCACAUUGGCAGAAAGCAGUGCUGCUGCUGCUUCGAAAGAAGCAGCGCUAGAUUUGAACUUCCUUAAUAAAAAUGAACAAGCUCUUGCUAUUGGGAGCGCCAAUGCUGCCCUUAAAGAAGAACCAGAGCCAAAGUCAUUAAAGCUUCCCAAAAAAUUGGAGAAACUGAAGCGGAAUACCCCAACGGAUACCACCGAUGUGAACCAUCCUAAACCAUCACCAGUAUCAAGUCAAUACACUUUGGCAAAAUAUACGAAGAAAAACAAUUCGCCCACAGUAUCACCAGGCAAUGAUGAUUCCGUGAAGUCAUUGAAAGCUGCUAAGCUUGCGGCGUUUAGGUCUGCCACCAGAGGUCAUAAAAGUAACAACAGUGUGAAGGAAACACAAGCUGAACCAGAUAUGGUAGACUUGGGGUCUGGUCUCACUAUGGAUUGGAAAACGAUAAAUGUUAUUGCCCAAAAGAGAGUGAACCCAACCCUUGCAACCAUGGAUGCAGAAAUCAAGAAAAAAAAGGACGAGAAAGAGGCUAGCAUAAAGGACAAGGCAAAGGAAACCAAUAAGCAUAAGAUGGUCGCAGGGACUGAAAAGAUACUGCAAGAGCCAAAAAGGGAAUCGACAGAACUGGAAGACAAAAAGGAGAAAGAAAUUGGGCCGGAUAAGAGUACCAAUGGAAGAUUGGGAUUCCUCAAGAGAAGAAUACAUCAUAUAAAGAAAGAAAAAAACAAGGAAAUCGAGAGUAAAAAGGGUGAGAAGAAGAAGAACGUUGAGAUAGAGGAGGAAAAGGAGAAGGAUAAAGAGGGAGAAAAUCAGGAGAAUGAAAAGAAAGAAACCCAGGAAGAGAUAGAGGAGAAGGAUGAGAAGGGGGACAAAGAAAUCCCAAAUGUUUCAAAAGAUAUUGAAAAUGUUGGAAAGACGGGUAUACUCCGUGAUAGUAGCUCUGAUGCCAAUACCUCUGAGAUUGCAGACUCUCCCAAUUUGAUCGCAGAUCCACAAGUUGUUUCAAAGAUUUCAGAAACAGGCAAUCCCCAACAUCAGAUAACGUCAAAUGGUGAAAGUCCUGAAGAAGAAUCUUCUGAAAUCCAAUGGUUACCAAAAUUUUCGAACCAGUUGGAUAAUGAUACCGUUGCGGCUGUCAAGAGUUUGCCUUUAACACCGCUGGAUGAGAAAUCAGGAAUUUUUUUUGACUUUUCUUCUGGAGCCGAAAAAGAAGUGCAAAAUGAUCAAAAAUUGGCUAAUAGGGAAGAUUUGAGUAAUAGUGAAGAUUUUAACAAUAAGCAAGAAUCCAGUAAUAAUAAGAAAUUGAAUAAUCAUGAUGAUGCAGAAGAAGCACCAAGUGCCUCUCACAAUGGGACAAUUGAAGUACCGGAAAUCAAGAAACUCCCAAAUACGGCUGCUCCCUUAUAUAAUUCGAGUCUUGAUCCUGGAGAACCUGUGAUGCCUACUAGCGGAACAGAUACUACUAAACACAAAACUUCCAAUUCCCCGGGUCUGAAUUCCUCGAUAUUGUCUGAUGGAGACCCACGAGCUCCAAUAAACUCAGUUUCUCAAAUAGAACCCCCAGAAUUGGAAGAUAAAUACAAUUCUCUGUAUAGCCAUAAAGACUAUGAUUUGAAAGCCCUUGUCGAUCAGAAUCAUAUGCUCAUUCACCAUCUUGAGAACUAUUCAAUUAAUAAUGACAAGUCUGGUCUGAAAAAGCCUCACAAGUCCUUAAUAAGCUUACAAGAGGAGCUCAUCCGUACAGAGCAUCAAGUAUUAGAUAAUGAGGUCAGAGAGCUUGGCGAAGACCAUUUCACUGAAAGCCCUGAAAGUCCACUGAAAGAAUUGAAGGACAGACACCGAAAUUUAGCACAGCGCCGUAAAUCCUUAGUUGAAGAUGGUAAAGUACUUGAAGGUGCCCGGACAGCUAUUAUUGGUGGAUCCCCUCACAAAAAUUGUCCAAAUCAAGAGAGUGACGAUGCAAUAGUAACUGAACCAGCAGCAGCUCGUUCGGUGUUUAAUGGAAUUAAUGAGAAAAGUACCGGUGAAGAGAAACCAGUAAAUACCACCCAUGAAACUGAGAAACAAGAAGAAAAAAGAGAAAAUGGAAACAAGGGUAUAUCAAGAAACCCAUCCAAUGAAUCAAUUCUUACAGAAUCAAAGAUUGCCCAAGGAAGAUAUGAUCCCUCCAAUUCAGAAAUAAAUCCGUCCAUCCAGACCCUAAGAAGCAAUGAAGGGGUUAUUGGGCAAAAGAUCACAAAUAACUCUGGUGGUGCCUCGGGACUUUCAGAGAACAAGAAUAGAAGAAGCUCUUUGUUGAACAAAUUUGGCAAAUAUGUUGCCAGAAAACAUGAAAAGAGUAAAAAGGUAGUUGCAUAG